GGCGGCACCGAAUCAAUUUCACGAAAUUUCACGAUCAUUUUCUCAAAUAUUUUCUUCUUAUUUUUAAACAGAUGCAAAGUAUUUCCCGAGUUUAUGUUUCAUGUUCAUGAAAUUUCUUCCUUCGUCUCUGCUAAAAUUAGUUUCAAGAUCAUUUCGUGUCGUUUCGUGUAAAAUUGAGGAAUUAUUCAUUCAUUAGUUUAGUAGCAUUUGAUGCGGAAGCACCUAAGUCAUGGGCAAACCAAGUGAGUCAUCAUCUCCGUUUCGUGUCAUUCCCAUUCAUUAUGCUCGAGAACUCAUUGAUGAAACGAUUAAGCUUAUUAAUGAAGAAUGGCCAAGGUCAAUUGGUGCACGAAUGUGGUCACUGGAGUCAAGCAAUGAUAAUCUUCCAACAUGUCUUGUGCUAACUAAUCCAACAAACUGGGAAGCAAAUGAUGGUGUAACUAAAGACACUCCGAGAGUUUUAGCUCAUCUCAAACUAACACCAAUUCCUUCAAAUCCAUCUGCUUGUUUCAUUGAAUCUGUAGUUGUGUGGAAAUCAUUACGUGGGAAAGGAAUUGGAAGAUUUCUAAUGAACGAAGCUGAAAAUUAUUGUAAAUAUAAAUUGAAACUUGAAGAAAUUUAUUUGUCGACAACAGAUAAAGAAGAUUUUUAUCUGAAGCUCGGUUAUGAACCUUGCCCACCAGUUUCGAUUUUUGGUGGUCCAUGUAAUGGAUCUUUCAGACCAGUCACUAAAAAGAAGUACAUGAAGAAAGUUCUUACUGAACCUUCGGAUGACGAACAAUGUUAA